AUGCUGGUUCCUGUAGAGUAUAAAGGAGUCAGCAAAUGGGUGAGGGUACCACAGGCGGAGGAUGAGUACAAUUACUCCCAGUUUUUGCAAGCAGGUUCUGCUUCCUUGAGCCUGAAGGAUUCCUCUAAUGUGGAAGUGGAUUCAGACAUAUUUGAUGAACUCUUGAAGUCAUCUGGGGUGUCUUUCAAGGCCGAAGAAUGUGAUGGUAGCAAUGCCGAGGUGGAGUUCUCAGAGGGCUCAUCUUUAUCAGACUGGUCACCAUCACCAUCACGUGCAUCCCAAGGGUCAUCAUCAGGUUCUGACUCAACGCUGAUACUGGAAUCUACCAAAGCUCAGAAAAGACAGCUGGUUGAAGGACCCCUGGAUAGCAACAUUGCAAGAGAUAAUGUUAGAGUCGCUCUGUAUUCAAAGCCUGGUGGAAAAGAAAUAUUCAAAGAGUACGAGAAAACAAGCGUCAUCAGUGAUGUUACAAGGAGGAAGAUGGUAAACAUUCUUGUGGCAGAUAUGGUAGAGAGCCAUGGGAGGGUCCCUCCGGUGAAUGUGCGGAUCCUCUAUGCACUUGGGAUUACAACACUGUUCCCUAAAUUGAAGGACCCGGAUUCUAAGAAUGGCUAUGAACAUUUCUAUGAUCACCAGAGUGGUUCCGGCUACCUAGCGUGGAGGCUGAAAACUGUUCAGCGGAACUCUGCUCAAGACAGCAAGAAAUCCAGGACCACUUUCCAAGAGGGCCCCAAGACUCCACGCAGUAUCCGUUCAGAUGAGAAGCAGUUGACCGGUGAUGAAUGCAGGGAAGCCAUAUCGGUCAUGAUACACUCAAGUGAUACGACCCUUGUCAAAAAUAAGAUGAAGGCAACAUUCCAGCACAGGCAAAAGGUGGUUCACGACCCAGAUACUGCUUCUUCUGUCCUGGAUCUCUUUCCCAGGUUCUUGGAUACACCUGGCUUGAUUGAUCAAGACUUCACAAUGAUCUUUGGUGAGGAGGUGUCUGGUAAAUUCCUCUCGAAGUGGCCAACAUUUUUCAAACCAAGAGUCAUCGCAGAUUGCUGCAAGAAUCUAACCCCAAGUCCGCAUGUGGAUGAGCUACUUCUGUCUGCACAACAGGAGUCUGAUGAUGGUGUGUGACAUUCUGAAGAGUGGGACUCUGAGAUGGCCGCCAUCCUUCUGCUGCUUCACCUCUUGCCUCCAACAGUUAAAGGCAAGAAGACCGGCAAGAUGAGCGCAUCG